CGCCCCUGGCCGCCAGCUUUCCCCGCGGCGCGCGCGGACCGGCCAGAGGGCACCGGGGCCGCGGGUCCGGUCGACUGCAGGGGCGCCCUCCAGUCCCGCGGCCCCGCUCCUGUCUGCAGAGCCCCAGCUUUGUAGGAAGGCAACCUCAGAGAGGCAGACAGGAUGGCCAGCUCAGCCCGGGAGCACCUGCUUUUCGUGCGGCGUCGGAAUCCCCAGAUGCGGUACACCCUGAGCCCAGAGAACCUCCAGAGCCUUGCCGCCCAGAACUCCAUGCCAGAGAACAUGACCCUCCAGCGGGCCAACAGUGACACAGACCUGGUGACUUCUGAGAGCCGCUCCAGCUUGACUGCCAGCAUGUACGAGUACACGCUGGGGCAAGCCCAGAACCUCAUUAUCUUCUGGGACAUUAAAGAGGAGGUGGACCCCAGCGAUUGGAUUGGACUUUAUCACAUAGAUGAGAAUUCUCCAGCCAACUUCUGGGAUUCGAAAAACAGGGGUGUGACUGGAACACAAAAAGGGCAAAUUGUAUGGAGAAUUGAGCCCGGGCCCUAUUUCAUGGAACCGGAGAUAAAAAUCUGUUUUAAAUACUACCACGGCAUUAGUGGAGCGCUGCGAGCCACCACGCCCUGCAUCACCGUGAAGAACCCGGCUGUGAUGAUGGGGGCAGAAGGCAUGGAAGGAGGUGCUUCAGGAAGUCAGCAUUCUCGGAAACUCGGCAGCUUUACAUUGUCAGAUCUAAGAGCAGUUGGACUAAAGAAAGGGAUGUUUUUCAAUCCUGACCCUUACCUUAAGAUGUCCAUUCAGCCAGGGAAGAAGAGCAGUUUCCCCACUUGCGCCCACCAUGGGCAGGAGAGAAGGUCUACUAUCAUCAGUAACACCACUAAUCCAAUUUGGCACCGGGAGAAAUAUUCCUUUUUUGCACUUCUUACUGAUGUCUUAGAAAUUGAAAUUAAAGACAAAUUUGCCAAGAGCCGUCCCAUCAUCAAGCGUUUUCUGGGGAAACUAACCAUCCCAGUCCAGAGACUGCUGGAGCGGCAAGCCAUCGGUGAUCAAAUGCUCAGCUACAACCUUGGUAGAAGGCUCCCAGCUGACCAUGUGAGUGGCUACCUCCAGUUUAAAGUGGAGGUUACGUCUUCCGUGCAUGAAGAUGCUUCCCCGGAAGCUGUUGGCACAAUACUUGGAGUCAGCACACUGAACGGAGACCUCGGAAGCCCUUCUGAUGAGGAGGACAUGCCAGGGGGCCAUCAUGACAGCCCUGUUUGUUCCAAUGGACCAGUUUCUGAGGACAGUGCUGAUGGGACCCCCAAAUAUUCUUUCAGGACUAGCUCUACCCUGGAAAUAGACACCGAGGAUUUAACCUCUACUUCUUCAAGGACCUCACCUCCCAGAGGACGUCAGGAUUCACUCAAUGAUUAUUUAGAUGCGAUUGAACACAAUGGCCAUCCCAGGCCAGGUGCAACUCCCUGUUCAGAAAGGCCCAUGGGAGCCUCUCCGAAACUAAGGAGUAGUUUUCCCACCGACACGAGACUCAAUGCCAUGCUUCACAUCGACUCAGAUGAAGAAGACCACGAGUUCCAGCAAGACCUAGGUUACCCAUCUUCUUUGGAGGAGGAAGGCGGGUUAAUAAUGUUUAGCAGGGCAUCAAGAACUGACGAUGCAAGCCUGACGUCUCAGACAAAGCCAGAAGACAACCCAACGGAGAUUGAGGAAGCUUCCACAAAUGAAGCUCCUUCCUUUGAGGAUAAACCGGAAAAUAUUCCGGAGCUUACAGAGAACUCUGUACCCUCAGACCCAGCCCCAGAUGAAGGUGAAAAUGGCCCAGAGUCUCAACUCAAUGCUGACCAGGGCAGCACCGAAUUGUGUGGCUCUCAAGAGGUAGAUCAGCCCACGAGUGGGGCAGACACGGGGACUUCGGACACAUCAGGAGGAAGUCGGAGAGCCAUCAGUGAGACGGAGUCCCUGGAUCAGGGGUCUGAGCCUUCCCAGGUGUCCUCUGAAACAGAACCCAGUGACCCCGCCAGGACAGAGAGUGUGAGUGAGGCCAGCACCAGGCCUGAGGGAGAGAGUGACCUGGAAGGCGCCGACAGCUCCUGCAAUGAGAGCGUUACCACACAGUUGUCCUCAGUGGAGACACGGUGCUCAUCCCUGGAGAGUGCACGGUUUCCUGAAACCCCGGCCUUUUCUUCUCAGGAGGAGGAAGAUGGAGCCUGUGCAGCAGAGCCCACCAGCAGUGGCCCCGCCGAACGGCCACAGGGUUCCAUAUGCACUCCUGGUUCUUUACCUGUGGUGCACAUGCCCAGUGGAGAGGAGGACGGGCCAGGGGCAGAAUUGGCCACUUUACCUGACCAAGAAGAGCUGGGGGAGGUCUGGCAGCGGAGGGACAGCCUGGAGGGAGCUGCUGCUGCUGCUUCUGCUGAGAGCCAGCCCCAGGAAGAGGGUGAUGCUGGUGGUGCCCAGGGGGCUUGUGAAGGGGCCACUGUUCAAGAGGAGGGCGCUACUGGAGGCUCUCCAGCCAACGGCCACCAGCCACUGCGAUCGUUGCCUUCUGUGCGCCAGGAUGUUAGCCGAUACCAGAGAGUGGACGAAGCUCUUCCCCCAAACUGGGAGGCGCGCAUAGACAGCCAUGGCAGGAUCUUCUAUGUGGAUCACGUAAACAGAACCACGACGUGGCAGCGGCCAACAGCUCCCCCCGCCCCGCAGGUGCUGCAGAGGUCCAACUCCAUACAGCAAAUGGAGCAGCUGAACCGGAGAUAUCAGAGCAUCCGCAGAACCAUGACUAACGAGAGGCCUGAGGAAAACAGCAAUGCCAUUGAUGGGGCAGGGGAGGAAGCCGAUUUUCACCAAGCCAGUGCAGAUUUCCGCCGGGAGAACGUCCUACCCCACUCUACCUCCAGAUCCAGGCUCACGUUGCUGUUACAGUCUCCCCCUGUGAAGUUCCUCAUCAGCCCAGAGUUCUUCACUGUGCUGCAUUCUAACCCUAGUGCCUACCGCAUGUUUACAAACAACACGUGUUUGAAGCACAUGAUCACCAAAGUCCGGCGGGACACCCACCACUUUGAACGCUACCAGCAUAACCGGGACCUUGUGGGAUUCCUCAACAUGUUCGCAAACAAACAACUGGAGCUGCCGAGGGGCUGGGAAAUGAAACAUGAUCAUCAGGGCAAGGCAUUUUUUGUCGACCACAACUCCCGUACCACCACUUUCAUUGAUCCCCGGCUCCCACUUCAGAGCAGUCGACCCACAAGCGCACUGGUCCAUCGGCAGCACCUGACGAGGCAGCGCAGCCACAGCGCAGGCGAGGUCGGAGAAGAUUCUCGACACGCAGGACCACCAGUUCUCCCCAGGCCGUCGAGUACGUUCAAUACAGUCAGUAGGCCACAGUACCAGGACAUGGUUCCAGUGGCUUACAAUGACAAGAUCGUUGCAUUUCUGCGCCAACCCAAUAUCUUUGAAAUUCUACAGGAACGUCAACCUGAUCUUACCAGGAAUCACUCACUCAGGGAGAAGAUCCAAUUUAUCCGAACUGAAGGGACCCCAGGAUUGGUGCGUCUUUCAAGUGAUGCAGACCUUGUUAUGUUGCUGAGUUUAUUUGAAGAAGAGAUAAUGUCUUAUGUGCCUCCACAUGCCUUACUGCAUCCCAGCUACUGUCAGUCCCCACGUGGCUCCCCCGUGUCCUCUCCCCAGAACUCACCAGGUACUCAACGUGCCAAUGCCCGGGCUCCAGCCCCUUACAAGCGAGACUUUGAAGCCAAACUAAGGAACUUUUACAGGAAGUUAGAGACGAAAGGAUAUGGACAAGGCCCAGGGAAAUUAAAGUUAAUUAUCAGAAGAGAUCACUUACUUGAAGAUGCUUUUAAUCAGAUUAUGGGCUACUCCCGAAAAGAUCUGCAGAGAAAUAAGCUGUAUGUGACCUUCGUCGGGGAGGAAGGGCUGGAUUACAGUGGACCUUCAAGAGAGUUUUUCUUCCUGGUAUCCAGAGAACUCUUUAACCCAUAUUAUGGCUUAUUUGAAUAUUCAGCCAAUGACACAUACACAGUACAAAUAAGUCCCAUGUCUGCUUUUGUAGACAAUCACCAUGAAUGGUUCCGGUUCAGUGGUAGGAUCCUGGGUCUCGCACUAAUACACCAGUAUUUGUUGGAUGCCUUCUUUACACGGCCCUUUUAUAAGGCUCUUCUCAGAAUCCUGUGUGACCUGAGUGAUCUAGAAUAUCUUGAUGAAGAGUUCCACCAGAGCCUGCAGUGGAUGAAAGACAAUGAUAUCCAUGACAUCCUGGACCUCACGUUCACUGUGAACGAAGAAGUUUUUGGGCAGAUUACCGAACGUGAAUUAAAACCAGGGGGUGCCAAUAUCCCAGUCACAGAGAAGAACAAGAAGGAGUAUAUUGAGAGGAUGGUGAAAUGGAGGAUUGAGCGGGGCGUUGUGCAACAGACGGAGAGCUUAGUGCGCGGCUUCUAUGAGGUGGUGGAUGCCAGACUGGUAUCUGUUUUUGAUGCAAGAGAGCUGGAACUGGUCAUCGCAGGCACAGCUGAAAUAGACCUGAGUGACUGGAGAAACAACACAGAAUAUAGAGGAGGCUAUCAUGACAAUCAUAUUGUAAUUCGGUGGUUCUGGGCUGCUGUGGAAAGAUUCAACAAUGAACAGCGACUAAGGUUGUUACAGUUUGUUACAGGCACAUCCAGCAUUCCCUAUGAAGGAUUUGCUUCUCUCCGAGGGAGUAAUGGUCCAAGAAGAUUUUGUGUGGAGAAAUGGGGGAAAAUCACUGCUCUUCCCAGAGCUCACACUUGCUUUAACCGUCUGGAUCUUCCCCCGUACCCAUCCUUCUCCAUGCUUUAUGAAAAACUCUUGACAGCAGUUGAAGAGACCAGUACCUUUGGACUUGAGUGACUUGGAGGCACAAUGCCUGGCUCCCUAUAAACAGACAAUUUCAGAAGCUGCCCUCCAGAAGAAUGGCUGAACACUGGAAGUUUCAAGAGUACGCUUCCAUUAGAGUAAACCUGAGUGCUGUUAUCUUCCAGGAACACGUGCUCUGUCACUAUUGGGGAAUGGAUAGUGCUGAUGAGUCCUCUGUGAAGGAUUUGGGUGAGCUUGAUGCCCAGGGAAUAACCCAACAGUCUUUCAAUCAACAGUUCUUGACUGCCAAACUUUUUUCCAUUUGUUAUGUUCCAAGACAAAGAUGAACCUGUACACGGUCAGCUCCAUGGUAACUUUCAGGGACUUAGGAGAAUCUGGAAACUUACCUUUGAACAUGGUUGAAGCCAAACUGGCAGCACUUGACCCAGUCUCCAAAUUAGUGCAAGUUAAAUAAUGUAAUAAAAACAAGUAUAUUUCCUGAAAGUACAUUCAUUUAAGCCCUAAGCUAUAACAGAAUACUCAUUUUCUUGCUUAUGCGUGCCUGCAUGGUGUGCACCAUAGGUUUCAGCUUUCAUGGAACACGAGUGAAAAUGAGACCAAGUCACUAUGAGGUAACUUUAAAGAUUUGCAAUAAGGUGGUCGAUGACAAUGUGUAUACAAAGUGAUAUGUGUGUAAUUAUGGCUGAAGACAAACUAUUAUACACUGAAUUACUAAUGACCGAUUUUAUGCUUUAUAAUGCAUGAAAACAAUUUUAAAUAACUAGCAAUUAAUCACAGAAUAUCAGGAAAAAAAUACACAGUGAGUUCUGUUUAUUUUUUAUAGGUUCGUUAUAUUUAUGUUCUUUAAGAUGUAUAUAAGAACCUACCUACCUGCCCUACUGUAUGUGUCACCUGUUCCAUUUUCAUGUUCCAUGCUUACUUGGGCAUCAUGCUAGUAUGUAUCCUUUUAAGCACUCUCAAGGGAACAAAAGGGCCUUUUAUUUUUAUAAAGGUACACAAAAAAAUCCCCCCAAGUAUUUUGCACUGAAUGUACCAAAGUUGAAGGGACAUUACAAUAUGACUAACAGCAACUCCAUCACUUGACAAGUAUAAUAGAAAAUAGCGUCUAAAUCCAACUUCCUUCACAGUGCCAUGUCUACCACUACAAGGACUGUGCAUCUAAGUAAUAAUUUUUUAAGACUCACUAUAUGUGAUAGUAUGAUAUGCAUUUAUUUAAAAUGCAUUAGACUCUCUUCCAUCCAUCAAAUACUUUACAGGAUGGCAUUUAAUAAAGAUAUUUCGUAUUUCCCCCACUGCUUUUUAUUUGUACAGCAUCAUUAAACACUAAGCUCAGUUAGGGAGCCAUCAGCAACACCCAAGAGAUCAGCUUUCUUUAGUAAUAAGAAUUCCAUUUUCCCUCAUCAGUGAAGACAUCACAAAUUGAAACUCUCAAUACUAUAUUUUUAAGCCUGCAUUUUCACUGAUGCAUAAUUUUCUUAUCAAUAUUAAGAAACAAUUUUUCUAUGGUAUCUCAGAAACUGCAUGACAUCACUAAUGUUAUUUCUGCUUAGUUUUAUCAGAGUGUCCUUCAUAUUUUAUUGCUUUGGGGGUUUUCCACAUCAUUGUUUAUUUCCUGACUUAUGGCCAUAACUAAUCAGACUUUCAAUACAGUGAAGUUAAAUUGUGAAUAAUAAAAGCAUUGGAUUAACAUUUGGUUUGCCAGCCUGUGCUUGUACAGGCAUUGCCUGGACAGUUCUUUGAGAUAUAAGUAGCCAUGGGAUUCCAGUUCUGGGAGGUUGGCCAUCUUACACUUUACAGAGGUUUUAUGCAUGGUUUUCAUAUGUUGGUUUGUAAGAACUGAUCGCUCCCCUGUUGAUGAAGCUGUGUUUACUAUUGAGCCUCUCAAGAAGAAUCCCACUCGUGUUGCAUUCCUGCACUAAAGGCAGCUACUGCAGUUUGGGGAAGUGUUCUGGAAAAAAAGGUCACAUUAAUCUGGAAAUAAGAAAGGAAGAUUUACCUGUGUACUAAAUUGGACCAAAAAGAAAGGGAAGGGAAAAAAUUAAUUAGAAAUGUUGCUUUGUAUUUACUGACCAUGAAUAUAGAUAUAUAUUUAGUUUUGCAAACUAUUUUUACUUCUUUAUAGUUUUUUCACUAUCGGAAAAAUAAUAUAACAUACUUUUUAAAAAAUCCACAUUUUUGAUGGUAUAUAAGAUGUCUCAGAGCUGUCAUUCUCUAAGCAGCUGAUAUAAAAGGUUGCAUAUCUUUCAAAAAUACAUUCAUAAACCCUGUUAGCUCUCAUUUUGGUUUGUGAUGCUUUGUUACCAUAUUCCACAUUAUUAGGUAAAAGAAACUUGAAUUAAAAUGUGUUUGUUUAAUUAUUUCUAACAAAUAUAUUUCUUUUUUAAAGCAUUCAACUUUUUCCCAAAUAACAGUAUAAUCGUCUAAUUGCUAUUGUUCUCAGAAUUGGGAAUUAGCAAAGAUUUACUUAGCGUAUCAGCACACUAUGAUAACUGAUAUAUUAUUUUUCAUUAGUAAAACAAGUCCAAUAACUAUAUGAAAUAUUAAUUACCAUCUCCACAGAAUAAUUGAGACUUUAAUAUACUCUACAAAUAGAAAUACCCAUAAAUAUUUUCUUCUCUACUGUGAAUCUAGAUAACUUGGCUGUAUGGUCCUGUUUUCUUUAAAGAAUUCUGAAGUGAUGCUUAUACUGUACUGUCUUAUAGUAUAAAAGACAGUCACAACACAUCCUAUGUGUGUGCAGAGAAUGUCUCUGAGAUGAGAGAAGCAGCACACUACUGGUCAUUCUGUGCCAGCCACUGCGUUUGAUCAUGAAGCUCCAAGAUUCAAAAUCUGCCCUUGAGAAGCUGACAGUCCGGUGGAGUAGAUACCAAGGUUCAAAAAAAAAAAAAAAGUAUUGUUAAUAAAAUUCGGUAUGUUUUACAAUCAAGGAUUGAGAAGAGAACUGCUUCUUCCACCUGGGAGAUCCAUUGAAGGCUUCACACGUGGGAGAUACUGUGGCAAAAAAAGAAAACAAAUUCACAUAAAUGCUCUUCAUUAGUAGCUAAUGGCAUGUAGUACUGUGUUGAUACUGGGACUGGU